CAGGCGAAGACUUCCCCUGGGCUACGCGGCGCUGCGGGGUCUUUGGCCAAAUUGGGCGAGGGUACACAAUAACCACUUACCCCUUCUCACCGAGGACGAACGGGAGAAAGGGUAUGGCACAGGCACAAGGCUGGGUGAAGAGAUACUUCAAGGCCUUUUAUAAAGGCUUCUUUGUGGCAGUGCCGGUGGCAGUGACUUUCUUGGAUCGGGUUGCCUGUGUGGCAAGAGUGGAAGGAGCAUCUAUGCAGCCUUCUUUGAAUCCUGGGGGAAGCCAGUCAUCGGAUGUGGUACUUUUGAAUCACUGGAAAGUGAGGAAUUUUGAAGUACACCGUGGUGACAUUGUGUCGUUAGUGUCUCCUAAAAACCCAGAACAGAAGAUCAUUAAGAGAGUGAUCGCUCUUGAAGGAGAUAUUAUAAGAACCAUAGGACAUAAAAACCGGUAUGUCAAAGUCCCUCGUGGUCACAUUUGGGUUGAAGGUGAUCAUCAUGGACACAGUUUUGACAGUAAUUCUUUUGGUCCGGUUUCUCUGGGACUUCUACAUGCCCUUGCUACACAUAUUCUGUGGCCACCAGAGCGCUGGCAGAAACUGGAAUCUGUUCUUCCUCCAGAGCGGUUCCCAGUGGUUCAAAGUGAAGAGUAAUGACUGCGCAUUGCCACUCGAGUGCCGGCGCUGAGCCGGUGAUAGGUGUACUAUGGUGCAAGAAAGCUUUGCGUCAUACUAAAGUGGUCUGUAUUCUUAAAGAAGGUUUUCUUUAUUAAACAGUAUUAAGUGACCCAUG